AUGGACAAUCACACUCUCUACACUCUGUUUCUAAUAGUGAGUUUUCAUGUCAUCUCAAUCUGGAGUGACGAUGAGGAGGUUCUUUCCUGUCAAGAGCACCAGCAGGCCUUUGAGAGCUCCUGCUAUGAGUUUGUGGCUCUGCAGCGCAGUUUCCUCAGUGCUCAAGCUUGGUGUGAGCGGGGCGGCGGGCAUCUAUCCUUCAUCCAGAAUGAUGAAACCCAACAGUUUCUCCAAAAACACCUGCAGCAGAAGCAGGACUGGUGGAUAGGACUCGCUCCUGCCUCCACCAACCUCACUCUGGACUCCGCUGCUGCUGAAGGUCCCUUGUCCUGGUUGGAUGGUUCAGAUGUUAGUUACUCCAACUGGCUCCAGGAGCCCUUGCUGAAUGCAUCCUGUGGCUACAUAAAGAGAGAUUCUGGAUUUCAGUGGGAAAGUGCCAGUAACUGUAGUCAGGAGCUCUACUUCAUCUGCGAGUUUGAGUCUGGGCGCUCUUUAGCCUGUGCCGAUCAUAAUGCUACGCUUCAGUGUGGCUCUGGUCAAGUGAUAGAGAUUGAUGACAGCUUCUACGGCAGGAAGACGGUGCAUUACUGCAGGAGCAGCCACGCUCGCUCACAUGCAUCUCCACAGCAGGAGGAGUGCAGCUGGGUGGAUAUAGUAGAUACUGUCUCAGAGCACUGCCACGGACUGCAGGUGUGUCAGGCUGCUGCAGAUAUUUCAUCUUUUGGAGAGCCGUGCCCUGUGCUGGGAAGCUAUUUGUCAGUGGAAUAUCAUUGCAAAGAUGCUCUUCACCUGCUUAUGAGUAAGCUGGCUGCUGUCUUUGACAACAUUCCCAUCACAGUGAAAUGGUUGCUGCAUCCAUUUCAAGGCAACCUCACGUGCACACUGAAUGCUGGGGAUGGACACAUCAUUGAUAAUUACAGUCCUGAAGAGAUGGAGAAUGUGGUGCAUAAGUACAGCCGUGCUGGAGAAUACACUGCCACGGUAGAGUGCAGUACUAGUGAGUGGCAUGUGACCGCUUCCAAAAGCAUCACUAUCCAGGAACCGCUUGGAGAGUUUGGGACCUUAAAGUGCCACAGCAUGAAUAAAUCCACAGGCCAUUCCAACUGCAAAGCACUUUACAAUAACCCUCUGAGAAUCCAAGUGGAGUUAGACGCAGGAACAAAUGUAACAUACAAAAUUCAGCAUGAAAAUACAGAGCUGGCCUCCAUUUCCGCUAUCAGAGGGAUUGUUCCCCAUAACAUCACCAUAUCUCCAAAAGUACAGCAGCAGCUAGGACCAGGAUGCCAACAGCUUACCGUUGUGGCUCUCAAUGGAGUGACGGCUGUAGAUCGCUCUACUGUCCUGGAGCUGUGUUUGGUGGAGUCAGUGGAAGGACUCAUAGUGGACAUUGAAUUUGAGCAUGAGCAGUGUCCGGUCCAUGCCCUCUAUGUCAAUGUGUCUCUGGCUCGAGGGGCUCCAGUGCAACUCCAUUUUCUAGUGUCUGGAGCCAAUUACACCUUUUCUGAGAUGCAUGAGAUGCUGCAUGGAAGUCCACAAGUUUUCGUAAUCUCAAACACAAUACAAGGCAAAUUAAAUGUUGUGGUCAGAGCAGAGAAUUCCUUCUCAAGCAUGGAAGUGGAUGGUGGAAACACAACAGUGUAUUGUCACAAUGAAACUGUGAACCAACAUGAAGAAAACACGAUCAGUGAGCAAAUGAGAACUGCCAGAGCCAAUAAUCUAAAUAUCACAGUAGAUCCAGAGGUCCCAGUCAUCGGCACUACCAGCAUCAAGCUAUAUGUUGAUGGAUUAGUAGAUGACGACGCUAUCUGGAAAUGCCAUGAGGAUUGCCCCUGUCCCAGUGAAGUGAAAAAUAGAGAUCAUGAGAUAUCCGAAGCUUGCCUACCACCAGUCUACAGUUUCUCUGUGUAUACUGUUCACACCAAGUCACAUGGUGUCACCCAGACUGGAAGCAGAUGCAUCACUGUCAUUCCUAGAGAAAAUAUGAAGCUUUCUGUUAUCUGUUCCAACUGCAGUCCGGUGAACGUCGCUGAGACUGUUAAGCUACAGGUGCAGUGUGAAGGAUGUCAGAAAAUUGUUUGGUACUUUGAGAGCACAAUGGAUUUUACUGGUUCGCUAAGCCACUGUCACUCAGAGUCUGUGAAAAAGCCAUUGAUACAGAAGGCAGAGGGCAGCUCUUUAACAAUAGAGAGCGAAGCACUACGAAAAGCAAAGCAGGAUAUCACAGUGGUGGUUUAUGCUAUCAAGGAUAGUUUAUCUGGAUCUGCUAGAUACACUGUUCCAAUUGUUGUCACAUCCAGUACUGAGGAUUCAUCAGUCCAGCCGCUUUUGUCCACUACUGUCUCUCCAUCAUCUCAUACAACUGCUAAAUCACUCAACUCUGUAGCGCCCCCUGUCGCCUUGAGUCCUCCCUCCUGCAUCAUUAGUCCUCUUGUGGGUGAUGUUCUCUCUCCCUUUAAGAUCAACUGCUCUGUUGAUCCAUCUUUUUGCAAAGCUGGGUCCUGUAUUUUCUGCUUCAAAACUGCCAGGGGUCAUUCUUUUUAUUGUGGUGCUGAGCCCACAGUGGAGUCGCUUUACCUCCCUCUAGGUGAUAAACAUAAAAACUACAGUCUGAUGGUGGACAUCACUGUUAAGAACGCAGCAGGCGUUACUACUGGCACUGCUGUAACUACUCAGGUAAAGGACAUCAGUAGUAACCACACAGUUGGAGAUCUCCAGGUGCUGGUUUCCAGCCAGGUGUCUCAGCUGCAGCAACAAGGUCGACUCACUGGGGCAGCGCUGGCACAGAUGUUCCAGUCUGUGUCCGACAAACUAAAUAAUGCACUGCCGGAAGGACAGCAUGACGGUGUAAAAAAAGAGCUGAGAGAAGAGAUGUUACAGAGUUUGAGUUCUGCCACGAGUUCCUUCCCCCCAAAGAAUCCAGCAGAGGUGCAGAUGAGUGCUACUGUGGUUUCAGGCCUUACCACACAGGGACAUGAGCUGACAGACACUGCUCAGUUACAGGCUAGUUAUCUGCUAACAAACCUCAGUAAGUCCUUGGUCUCCUUGACGCUUUCUGGCAAGGUGUUCACUGAAAAGAUACUGCAAGCAUCCACGCCAAUUAUUGAUGCUGCAAGUAACAUCAUCAAAGUUUCUUCCAGUACUUCUAAGCAGAAAGAGAUCUCCAGUCAUUUACUAAACACUGUGGACAAUGUUCAAAGUGCCUUGUUGGCUGGGAAAAAGGUGAACCAGGAGCCCAUCAUACUCCGCUCUUCAGUUUUUGGUUUAUAUGUCAACAGAAUAUCAUCGGAUGAACUUCAGAAACAGCCCUUUAACAUUCAGAAGAAAUGCUCUGCCAGUUUUAUCCUCCCAUCUCUGGGCUCUGUUCUGUCUCCAGAUGAACCAGUAGAUGUACGGAUGACAAGUUUCGGGAUAAAUCCAUUUUCACAGCAUGAGGGCGUGCAUAUCAGUGGAUCAGUGGGAUCUCUAUCUCUCACCAAAAUGAAUGGCUCUGUGAUUCCAGUGGCAAACCUCACUGAAGAGAUUGAGAUCCUCUUACCAAGGACAGAGGUGGCAGAGGUUAACCAAACUCUUCUGGAAUUGGCAAACUUCAGCACUGUGGUCAUUAAUGUGACUGCACCCAAUAUAUCUCUGGUUUUCAAGUUAGACCCUUCAGAGGAGACACCUCUGCAGUUGCUCCUGGGUUUUCAGGACUACCCUAACGAUACAAAUUAUGAAGCUUGGAUCCAGCUACCUCAAGAUGGCAACUCUGAAGAGGAGAGGUACACUUGGGUGCUUAACCCUACGGAAAUGACAGUUGAAGUAGGCAUUUACUACCUUCUGGUGAGGCCUGUUGUUGGUGCAGGGGUAAAUUCGACAAACACCUCAGUUUUCGUCACAACCAUUGCUGCUCACUGUUUGUAUUGGGAUGAGACAAAGGCCAAUUGGAGUGGUGAUGGCUGUAGGGUUGGCCCUCGUACUACAACUUUGGUUACUCAAUGCCUAUGUACCCAUUUGACCUUUUUUGGAAGCUCUUUCUUCGUCAUCCCCAACAUGGUUGAUGUGUCCCGCACUGCUGAACUCUUUGCAACCUUCGUCAAUAACCCAGUGGUGGUGUGUUUUGUAGGCGCCAUCAUCCUGGCUUACCUGUUGGUUGUGAUGUGGGCACGAAGAAAGGAUAUUCAGGAUGCAGUCAAGGUGAAGGUCACAGUACUGGAGGACAAUGAUCCCUUAGCUGAAUAUCGUUACUUAUUGAGUAUCAACACGGGGCAUCGACGUGGGGCCUCCACCUCUUCUCAGGUGACAGUGACUCUACAGGGCACAGAGGGAGAGAGUGAACCUCAUCAUUUGACUGACCCUGAAAAACCAGUGUUUGAAAUGGGAGGACUGGACAUGUUUAUGCUGACCAUCCCCUUCUCACUGGGAGAGCUACAAAGUAUUAGGCUAUGGCAUGACAAUUCAGGACCGCAUCCUGCUUGGUAUGUUAACAAGGUAAUGGUACAGGACAUGCAGACUGGGCAGAAGUGGCACUUCCUGUGCAACUCAUGGUUGUCCAUUGACUUGGAAGAAUGUAUACUAGAUAAAGUUUUUCCUGUAGCAACAGAGAUGGACUUGAAAAGGUUUAGUAAUUUGUUCUUCAUGAAGACUGCAAAAGAUUUCCGUGAUGGUCACAUCUGGUUCUCUGUAAUCAGUCGUCCCCCAAGUAGUAAUUUUACUCGUGUACAGCGUGUCUCCUGCUGUUUUUCACUGCUGCUCUGCACCAUGUUGACCAGUAUCAUGUUCUGGGGUAUCCCAUCAGACCCCUCAGAGCAGACAAUGGACAUGGGUCAGAUUGAGUUCACCUGGCAACAGGUCAUGAUUGGCAUCCAGAGUUCCAUUAUCAUGUUUCCUAUCAAUCUCCUUAUUGUGAGCAUCUUCAGAAAUGCUCGUCCCAGAGAACAAAAGUCUGAAUCAUCUUCAAAGCAACAGUCAAAGAUAGAUCCCAAAAAGCAAGGCAAAAUGGGACGUGUGUCUCCGAAUCAGCCUCCACACAACAAUCACAAGGAAAUCACACCUGACACUGUGAUAAAGGAUAUCAAAUGGAUAGCACAGUCACUCUAUAAGGUCAUGAGAAGACCUGUUCCAAGGACAGAACUGGACUCCACCAAAACAGAUAUCAACAAUCUGCUGUCACUAGUUGAAGAGAUAAUUCGUCAACACAAUCGAGUUGGAAGUGAGUUUUACACUGACUCUUAUAAAAAGAAGCAAACUCUCUCAGCUCCCCUGGAGUGUGUAAAUCUGAAAGAGGGCCAUUUUUGUGAGAGCUCAGAGCGAAAUGAAAAACACAGUGUCUACAGCCAGUAUCUCUACAAACAACUGCAAAACGUGGAGAGAGAGCUCAGACUGCUGGGGCCUUCAUCCUUCUCUAAGCCAAACAGCUACAAUCAGGCGGUACUGCAGGUCCAAGGCAUGAAGAACCUGCUUGAACCUCAUGUCUCCUCCUGUUCUGUCAGUGGUCUACAUACACGCAGCUCCAGCCCUACAGAGAGAAACAGUGGUGACAGCAAAAAGUGUUGUCAGAAAGGAUUGCCCUGGUGGUUUGUGUUCGUUGGUUGGUUUCUUGUUGUAGCCACCAGUGGUGUUUCAGCAUACUUCACUAUGAUGUAUGGGUUGACCUAUGGGAAGGAGCGUUCCAUCAGUUGGCUCAUCUCAAUGGUGGUGUCAUUCUUCGAAAGCCUCUUCAUCACCCAGCCUGUAAAAGUACUGGGCUUUGCAGUCUUCUUUGCUUUGGUACUCAAAACUAUUGAUCAAGAAGAUUAUGGAGAUGUUCCGAUUGAUGGGACUCUAUCCAACAUGGAUGAUCCUGAUGCAAUCAGAAUUGCCAGGAGAGACAGCACAUGUAGUUUCUAUCAGCCCCCUCCUCCCACUGACAUACAAAAGAUGAGAAACAACAUGAUCAAGGAGCAGAAAGUGUUUGCACUCAUCAGGGAGAUCCUCAUUUAUGUGGGAUUCCUUUGGAUGCUUCUCUUGGUUGCAUAUGGUCAACGAGAUCCCAAUGCAUACUACUUCACUCGGCAUAUCCGGCAGAGUUUCAGCAAUGGCAUUUCAGAGAGUAUGAACCACAAAGAUAUAUUAAAUUGGGCAAAAUCCUCCUUGCUCAGUAAUCUGUUUGGGCAAUAUCCAGGCUUUAUAACAGAUGGAAAUUCAAAACUUGUUGGCAACGCUCGUUUCCGCCAGGUUAGGGUAAGGAAAGAUUCUUGUAAAACUGCCAAGACCAUGCAGUACUCUGUUCCUGAAUGCCAUGCCCCAUACUCUUGGGAAGCAGAGGACAUGGGCUCUUACAGUCCAGGGUGGAACCAGACUAAAAAUGUGAAUGGUUCUAAGAUUGUACCCACAGCUUGGCGCUACCAAACUCAGGCCAAACUCCGGGCAAACCCUGUUUGGGGUGGGCUGGCCCUUUAUAAGGGUGGAGGAUUUGUGGUGGAACUAGGCCCGGAUCAAAAGAAUGCAAGCAGUCUUCUUCAGUAUCUUUUUGACAACAUCUGGCUGGACGUGUAUACACGGGCUGUCUUUGUGGAGUUCACAGUUUAUAAUGCAAACGUGAAUCUCUUCUGCAUUGUGACUCUCAUUUUUGAGACGACGGGAGUGGGUGCAUUCCAAUAUCGUAGUGUGGUCCAGACCGUCCAUCUUUAUCAGUCUACUGGUGGCUUCCACAUAUUUGUUAUGGCAUCAGAGGCCAUCUAUUUCCUCUUCAUUCUCUACUACAUGUUUGUGCAGGGCAAACUGAUGAAGCAGCAGAAAUGGGCAUACUUCAGAAGCAAAUGGAAUCUCUUAGAGUUGGCCAUUAUCAUUCUAAGUUGGAGUGCAUUAUGUGUGUUUGUCAAGAGGACAAUAUUGGGUAACCGGGACAUUGAGUACUACCAAAACAACAAAGACAUGUUUGCCAGUUUUUAUGAGACUGCCACAGCAGAUGCUGUCCUGGGCUAUCUGAUAGCUUUCUUAGUCCUGCUGGCCACCAUAAAGCUGUGGCAUCUGCUGAGACUCAACCCCAAACUACACAUGAUCACAUCUACACUGCAGCGGGCAUGGUCAGAUAUCUCUGGCUUCAUUGUGGUCAUGACCAUCAUGUUUCUGGCUUAUUCCAUUGCUAGCAAUUUGAUGUACGGUUGGAAGCUCUAUUCAUACAGAACUCUGCUUGAGGCUGCACAGACCAUUAUUUGUCUACAACUGGGUAUCUUUAACUAUGAUGAGGUUUUAGAUUACAAUCCAAUCCUGGGAGCUUUCCUGAUUGGAUCCUGCAUCAUCUUCAUGACAUUCGUAGUUCUCAACCUCUUUAUAUCUGUGAUUUUGGUGGCUUUCAAUGAGGAGCAACUUCAACCCACGCCUUCUGAAGAAGAGGAGAUCGUAGAACUGAUGCUGAUGAAGAUCUGCAGUCUGCUUGGCAUCAAGUGCAAGAAAAAGCAAACUGAUGCAGAUGCUACUAUUACUACAGCUUCUGUCAUAUCAUAGAAAUGAUCCUCGUCUUUAGAACCGUGACAGUCAAUGGAAGCUUUAUUGUAAAAUGCCUUUUUGGUGUUUGGAUGCUUAGUAUUUGUUCUUGUACAUCUCAAAGAGCUUUUCCCCCUGGAUUUUAUCUUGCAGAAUGUUUCCAUUAGAUCUAUUUGUAUGUUUGUCAUUGCUAUUAUUACAAAUAUUAAGCAUGAAAUAUGCAACUCUGAAAGUUGUUGACCUACUACAUUAUUGCAUUACAUCUAUCAAGGUAUCAGCAUUUGUUGAGUAGAUAAUAGAUGAAAAUAUAUAUACAUUUAUUUUCUUGAAGGGUAAUUUUAAAAAACAACCUGUAGUAAAAUGACUAUCUGGGGAGUUUACAACUAAUUCAGUCAACACCCUGUGUACAAGUAUUUAUUCAUAAA